UCCAGCUUUGCAACUCUACCCCAUCACCAAUCAUCGACGACGACAAAGCAUCUCAGCUUAAACAUGUCAUCGUUCAAGCCCAUGGCAUCCACCUCAGGGGCAGGUCCAUCGCCAAAGCGUCCCGCACACAAUCGCCAAUACUCGGACAACUCGGACCUCUCAUCUGCGCUCAGCUCUGCCUCAGAAGGGAGAGGAGGCAACCAGGACGCUGAGGGCGAGAUUGACCAAGAUGAAGUUGAUGAUGAUGAUGACGACUCGGUAGACCAGGUGGAUGACGACGAAGAUGAGGAUGAGGAAGGGUACACCGCACAGCCAUCCAAGUCACGCGGCGGCAAGGGCGCCUCUUCCUCCUCCUCUCGACUGGCAGCAGCCAAGCAGCAGCAACAACAACAGCAGCAGAAGCGACCUACCAAGCUCAAAAUCACACUCAACAGGCGCGACUCGUCAGGUGGAGCAAGUAAGGGCAAAUCAGCCACCAGCAAGAAGGCCAGCAGCUCCAAGGCCUCGUCGUCCUCAAAGAAGGUCACCAUCCAGAACAGGCGGGGCAGUCGCGCUGUUGUCGAAUCAGACGAGGACGACGAGGACGACGAGAUGGAUAUCCUGCGCGGGGAUAACGAGCAAAACGAGGACGAAGAGGAAGAGGAGGAAGAAGAAGAGGACGAGCUUGACAUCCCGGCCCCAGCGGCGGGUACGGACGACUUCGAUUCCGACUCAUGGGACGAAGACGACGAUGGUGAGACCACUCUAGCCAACAUGCCCAAGACUGCUCGUCAACUUGCCCGCGAAUGCGCUGCUGCUGGCGGUGAUGACGGUGGAGAGGACACCUCUCGUGCCGGUAGCGAGCUCCUCGAGCUACCCAUGACCGACGAUAGCCGCAAAGUAAAACGCACCGAAGCCGAAGUGGCCCUUAAGCGCAGUGAGAUGGCCAGGAGACGCAGGUAUCAGUCGGACAAGAAGUUGGAAGAUGAGAAGACGGAGACGAUCAAUCGGCUCUUGAAGAAGCAGGUCGGCCGCAAGUCUACUCGGGAGCAGGCUAGGGAUAAGGAAUUGGGUGCAGACGAGGAGGAGGAUGAGGACGAUCGAGAUGCGGAUGCCGGCGAGGCUGCGGCUGAGAGGAAACGUGCCAGGUUGGAGAGGAGCGCGGUUGCGAGCAGAGAGGAGUUGAAGAGGAGGCCAAGAGACAUGUUCAGGACGAUCGUCAGGAGGGAGGGGACAACUGUCAGCAUUCCACUCGUAGCGGAGGUGCCCGCUGUGGCUGGUGCGGAUGACGAUGGAGCUGCAGCGGCAGCCGUAGCAGCCAGCAAUGCUGUCGCAGCGCCGUACGUGGCCAAAUGGGCGACCGUGUUUGGAGAGACAGCUCGAUACGCUGAUGAUGAGCAGCAGCAGCAGGCUGCUCAACAGCAGGCCAUCAUGUCGAGCUGAGCACAACGUUGGCGCAUCUGGUCCGAAGAGAAUCGAUAUUGCUUUUAUAUCCCAGU